AUGAGCUUCCCUCAUUCUCUCUUUGAUCGGUUCGGUGUGUCUCCACCUGCUGAACUGGAGGACCACAGCAUCUCUCAGUACUCGGACUCUUUGUCCAGCUCCGUCCCGUUCCUGUUUUAUCCCCCCACCAUGGACCCUGCAGCCUUCGGCUUCUAUAAGGGCCCUCUGAGGGGCCCCGGGAUCCUGCCCUACCUGGCCCCCUUCCACCAUGGACACUUCAGCGUGUAUGAGUGUCCAUUUGAGCCGGCAUUCAUCCAGAAGCGGAACGAGCGUGAGCGUCAGCGCGUUAAGUGUGUCAACCAGGGCUACGCCAAGCUGCGGGACCACCUGCCGGGUCGCAGUGACGACAAGAGGCUCAGCAAGGUGGAGACGCUGCGAGCCGCCAUCAGGUACAUCAAAUACCUGCAGGGGCUGGUGGAGGACGAUGACCACGAGGGGGCGGAGUCACCGGUGAACACACCUCCUGGUCCAGAGAAAGCGCGUGGGACGUGUUGA